AUGGUCGAUUCAUAUACGGAAAUCCACAAGUUGCCAUUAUCCGAAAAAUUAUUAUGUUACUACAAGGAACGUGUCGAAAAAUCUGAAGACGAGUAUCAACGCGCCAUUGAAUUGAUUAAUCAAUGCACAGUGUCUUUCGAAGACCAUCAUAAGCUCACAUGGGAGUUGAAUCAAAGAUCACAAGAGUUGACAGAGGUGCGCAGGACUUUGAGUGAUGUCCAAUCACUUUUCGCGAACGAGCGCCAAAAUUAUAUAAAGGUUGCUGCCGAGAAUGACAAUCUGAAAAUUCAGGAGUUCCAAGAUCGACGGAAGAUCCGGUAUCUAUUAUCAAUAACGCAGCCGCAUCAAUCUGGCGAUGAAGGCGAAGAAAUUACGACUAAAAAGGCAAGACAAAGGAACUCUAGAGACGAUGAAAUUGACUUUUUAAGAGUACGAGUGAAGGCGUUAGAAAAGCAAUGCGAGGAACAGAAACAGCAAUAUGAAGAGAUCGUAGUCGGCUUGCAAGCGGAUAAACAAACAAAUGCUGAGGCAGAAAAUAGACAACAAGAAUACGAUACGCGCAGAAUACAGGAACUGACCACAAAGAUUCAAAAGCUAGAGAAAUUUUGUAAACAAAAUACACGAGAACUUUUGCAAACAAGAAAGGAUAGGAAAUUAGAGGAACGUAAGCUGAAGGAAGAGGAGACGAGAUUAUUGCAAGAAAUAACCGAUCUGAAGUCAAUGCUUAUAGAAGAGAGAAAAGAAGCAUCAGAAAGGGUGCAAAUGGUAGAAACUACAAUGUCGAAAGAGUACGAGAACGUUAAAAAUGAACUUCGAAAACAGGCUGGAAAAUAUGAAGAAAAACUUAGAAGCUUGAAGUUGGAGAAGGAACAAGUGGAAACCUUGUCGCGUAAAACCAUUGACAUAUUACAAAGAAAAUUAGAUGGUUUAACUGCCAACUACAAGACAUUGGAAAAGCGUCGCAAUUACGACUUGGAAGAAUUCACAAAUGAAAUAACAAUGAUCAGCCAGGAGAUGAGUGGACUGGAAAGACAUAUGUUGAAAUACGCACCGAUUGAUGAAUAUGAAUCACACUUACCAACACUUGAACACGAUACAGAUGAAAAACGAGCAGAAGUAUCAAACAAGAUACGAGGUUUAAAGGACCGAGUUUAUUCAGUGAGUAAACGCUUCGCAGAUGCUAUCCGAUAA